AUGGAUAGAGACACUGCAGAUGGAAUAACUGCGGACGAAUUUCGUCUGUAUGACCGGCAGAUUCGACUAUGGGGGUUAGAUACGCAGCGGAAGAUUCGCGAGAGUUCCGUUCUCGUGUGCGGCUUGUCAGGCUUAGGGGCAGAGGUGGCAAAGAACCUGAUGUUGGCAGGAGUAAAAUCGUUAACUCUCAUGGACAGCGAGGAGGUGACUGAAGCAGACUUGCGUGCGAACUUUUUUCUUGUCCCGGAGGACAUUGGAAAAAAUCGAGCUACCGCUUCUUCAGCAAGAUGUCGGGAGUUAAACCCAGGCGUCAGUGUUUCCGUAGUCACGUCGCCUGCAGAAGGGCUGAACGUUGAUCACUGCCGUCAGUUUUCCUUUGUCUGCCUGAUGGAACAGACUUUUGAAACAAUCGGUAAGGUAAACCAGGUGUGCCGCCAAGCGCACGUUCGAUUCUGUUCCGGGAACGUUGCGGGCUAUUUCGGUUGUGGGUUUUUCGACUUUCUAGAACAGACUUACCGAAUGGCACAGACAGUGUCGAAGGAUGAAGUGCAUGAAAUCGGGAGCGUGGAAAUCGCUGAAGGCACUCUGGAAAGUUACCAUCCUCUUGAACAUGUGCUGGAUGUACAGUGGAAGACAAAGAAGGUGCAAAAAGGGGGUCGACGCGCAAAAAUGCUGUCCGACUCUUACUUUGUGUUUCAGGUGCUCUUUCGUUUUACAAACAUACGGGGCUCAUUUCCUUUUGGCUCCCAACAGGAUAUGGUCAUUUUAAGGAAGCUGCGCGAUGAAGUUUUGGCCGAAUUUGACAAAUGUACGGAAAAGGUCGAAUUCUCUGCCAGUUUUGCCGAUUAUAUCUUUGGCCAGUUGAGUCCGGUGUGCGCCAUCCUAGGCGGCUUCUUGGCUUCACAGAUAAUCAAUGCUAUUUCAGAGAAAGUGCAACCGUUCAACAACGCUAUUUUCUACGACGGUUUCGAAAAUAACUGUCAGCUAUUGAAGUUGCCGCUGAUCUUACAGUGUAAGUCAUAG